AUGAUAAUGCGCCUUUCCAAAGCCCUAAUAGACAUGGAGAUGGCAGAUUAUAGCGCAGCGCUAGACCCGGCGUAUACCACUCUGGAGUUUGAGAACAUGCAGGUGCUGGCUAUGGGCAACGACACGUCUCCAUCAGAAGCAUCCAACCUCAACACUUCCAACAGCAUCGGGGUUAGCGCACUGUGUGCCAUCUGCGGGGACCGCGCCACGGGGAAGCAUUAUGGGGCUUCCAGCUGUGAUGGCUGCAAAGGCUUCUUCAGGAGGAGCGUCCGGAAGAACCACAUGUACUCCUGCAGGUUUAACAGGCAGUGUGUGGUAGACAAAGACAAAAGAAACCAGUGCCGAUACUGCAGGCUUAAGAAGUGCUUCCGAGCAGGGAUGAAGAAGGAAGCUGUACAAAAUGAACGGGACCGAAUCAGCACACGGAGAUCAAGUUAUGAAGAUAGUAGCUUGCCCUCCAUCAAUGUCUUACUGCAGGCAGAAGUCCUGGCACAACAGAUAUCAUCGCCAGUUCCUGUGAUCAACGGAGACAUUCGAGGGAAGAAGAUUGCCAACAUCUCUGAUGUGUGCGAGUCCAUGAAGCAGCAGCUACUAGUGCUGGUGGAGUGGGCCAAAUAUAUCCCUGCCUUCUGUGAGCUGCCCUUGGACGACCAGGUAGCACUGCUGCGAGCACAUGCAGGAGAACAUCUGUUACUGGGAGCUGCCAAGAGGUCCAUGGUGUUCAAGGAUGUCUUGCUGCUAGGAAAUGACCACAUCAUCCCACGGAACUGCCCCGAACUGGUGGAGGUGAACCGCGUGGCCAUCCGCAUCCUGGACGAGCUGGUCCUCCCCUUCCAGGAGCUGCAGAUAGAUGAUAAUGAAUAUGCCUGCUUGAAAGCCAUCAUCUUCUUCGACCCAGAUGCCAAAGGACUGAGUGACCCCUCCAAGAUCAAGCGGAUGCGGUACCAGGUGCAGGUCAGCCUGGAGGACUACAUCAAUGACCGGCAAUACGACUCACGGGGCCGCUUCGGAGAGCUGCUGCUGCUGUUGCCUGUGCUGCAGAGCAUCACCUGGCAGAUGAUAGAACAGAUCCAGUUUGUCAAGCUCUUCGGCAUGGCUAAGAUUGACAACCUGCUACAGGAGAUGCUGCUGGGAGGCUCAUCAAGUGAAACGCCACAUGCUCACCACCCCCUGCACCCUCAUCUGAUCCAGGAGAACCUGGGAACAAACGUCAUUGUGGCCAACACAAUGCCUCCUCAGAUGCACAAUGGGCAGAUGUCUACUCCAGAAACCCCACAGCCAUCUCCACCUGCGGGCUCAGGACCAGAGCAAUACAAGCUGCUGCCUGGAGCCAUUGCAACCGUGGCAAAACAACCCACCUCUAUACCACAACCUGCCAUCACGAAACAGGAAGUCAUCUAGCAAUCUGCAGACCAGCCGGCCUCAUUUAGAAGACCAUGUGGGAGAAAAGCCUGAAUUGACUCUGCCACUGUGAAAAGAGAAGCCAUCCAGAGGUCCUUGGGCACAAACACAUGGACUUGCUUAUCAGGCUAGUCUACCACCACCAAAAGCUGUCUUCCUGCAGCUAUGGACAGCAUGUGCCAUGGGCAGCCCCCAGUCCCAGAACUAAGGUUGAAGCCUUACUGAAACCCUCAGGCCUUGUAAGAAGGGCCAGAUUUCUGCCUCCCUCCAUGAGGAGGUUGCAGUCACCAACGGGGGACAGUGCAGCUGGCUGUUCCCCCAUUGCGACCUCUCUGCAUUGGUUCAGCACACACCAGACACUG